CGCUGUUCUGAGCGUCACGGAUCCUUCCUUUCUUUCGAUUUUACAGAGAAAAUGGAGAAACACUACACGGACUCAAAAGUCAAAGGAGUCAGCACAGGGACCACCAUCUUGGCUGCCAUAUUUGAUGGAGGGGUCGUGAUUGGAUCUGACUCCAGAGCUUCAAUUGGAGGGGAAUAUGUAUCUUCUAAAACCAUUAACAAGGUGAUUCAGGUUCAUGACCGGAUCUUCUGCUGCAUGGCUGGUUCACUUGCAGACGCUCAGGCCGUCAUCAAAUCAGCAAAGUCUCACCUGUCAUUUCACAGUGUACAGAUGGAGAGUCCUCCUCUGGUGAUUGCAGCUGCAUCCAUUCUGAAAGAAUUGUGUUAUAAAAACAAAGAUGAGCUGCAGGCUGGUUUCCUUACAGCAGGAUGGGACGGCAAGAAAGGACCACAGGUUUAUGUUGUGUCUCUGGGUGGGAUGUUAAUCAGUCAGCAGGUUACCAUCGGCGGCUCAGGAAGCACCUACAUCUACGGAUACGUUGAUGCUAAAUACAAACCCAACAUGACCAGAGAGGAAUGUCUGCAGUUUGCCACCAAUGCUCUUGCUCUGGCGAUGGGCAGGGACAACGUCAGCGGGGGUGUUGCUCACCUGGUGGUGAUAACGGAAAAAGGGGUGGAGCAUGUGGUUGUACCUGGAGACAAGCUGCCAAGAUUCAAUGAUGAAUGAUUUUUUUUUUUUUUUUACUUUUUUUGUGUGAAUGACACUUUAAGUCUUGUUAGAGAACAGUCAGUUUCAAGGCCACAGUUUCCUUUCAUGUACAAGAAUGCAAUAUAAAAAACUCCUCAGUCAUCUUCAGAUUUUACAGAUUAAAAUUAGUUUGUUGCCUUAUUGAACUUUUGUUAAUCUUACAUGAGGAAUUAAAUAACUCAAUUGAGCCUGUAUGUUUUAGCUAAGUUGAGUUGGUCAUUAUGAAUUGUCCAGCUGCUGAGCUGCUCCUGUCCCCCCACCCCCAAAAAACAAAGAAACAAAUAAAUGUUCAUUUUCUAACA